AUGAACAGAAUAAUUGUGGAUAAUAGAAUAGUUGUGAGUGACAGAAUGGUUAUAGGCAACAGAAUAGCUAUAGACAACAGAAUGGUCAUAGGCAACAGAAUAGUCAGCACUAUGAAGAUUACUAUGAAAGUUACUACAAGCAAAAGACUUUUCAACACUAUAAAGGUCAUUGCAAAUAGAAAAUUUCUUAAUACUAUUAAGGUCACUGCAAACAGAAAAUUCCUUGAUACUAUUAAAGUUACUACAAACAGAAAGUUUCUUAGUAUCACAAAAGUAACUGUAAAUAAAAGACUUCUUAGUACUAUAAAG